AUGGCGUCAGUCAUGACCAUGUACAUUGCCGGGUUACUAGUACUUGCUGUCCAUAAUGUCAAUGGAACUGAAUAUGAGUCAACUUCAAUGGGAAUAGGGCCCCGUACUAGCCUCCCAAAUCAAAAGCUUCAUAUUCAAGGAGGAGAUUGUUUAAAAAAUUACAUUCAGGUCACACAAGGCACCACUGGCAACCUACCUAGUGGAACUCCAAUUUAUAGUGUGCAAAUAACAAAUGAGUGCCCCAGGGAUUGCAGCAUUGCCCAAAUCCAUCUCAGCUGUGAUUCUUUUGCAUCUGAGCUACUGAUUAACCCUAUGAUAUUCAGGAAACUUGGCAUUAAUGACUGCCUUGUUAACAAUGGAAAACCCCUUGCUAAUGGUGCUGCUAUCUCCUUCAAAUAUGCCUCUAAUGCCAAAUUACCCCUUGCUGUUUCCUCCCUUACUUGCUCACCUUGA